UCAAAAUGGCGGCUCGGGGAUUUCCGCUUCCGGGUGGCGCGCACAGGCCCGGCUUGAAGAAGAUGGCGGCAGGAGCGUCCCGGUGGGGAGGCCGAGGGCUGGGCAGCGCUGCCUUCCUCCGCUGGCUCCUCGGCCUCCUCUGGCUGCUGGGCUCGGCGCCUCGGCCAGGAGCCGCCACCACCCACUGGGUGGUCACCGAGGACGGCAAGAUCCAGCAGCAGGUUGACUCACCAAUGAACUUGAAACAUCCUCAUGAUUUAGUGAUACUAAUGAGACAAGAAACAACUGUUAACUACCUCAAAGAGCUGGAGAAACAAUUGGUUGCUCAAAAGAUCCAUAUAGAGGAGAAUGAAGAUCGAGACACAGGACUGGAACAAAGGCACAAUAAAGAAGAUCCAGAUUGCAUUAAAGCAAAGGUCCCCUUGGGGGACUUGGAUCUCUAUGAUGGCACAUAUAUUACCUUAGAAAGCAAAGAUAUCAGCCCUGAAGACCAUAUAGACACAAAGUCUUCUUUACCUCCAGACCUAGAACAGCCAGAAUGUACAAAAAUUCUAGAUCUUCCAUACAGUAUUCAUGCUUUCCAGCACUUAAGGGGUAUUCAAGAAAGAGUUAAUCUUUCAGGGCCCUUGUUGCCUAAAGAAGAUCCCAUAUUGACUUACUUAUCCAGACGAUUAGGAAGAAACAUUGAGGAGAUUGGCCAUCGCAUUUAUGAAGGCCUCAUGAAGAAUUCUUCUUCUUGGGUAUUAUAUAAUAUGGCUUCUUUCUAUUGGCGAAUAAAGAAUGAACCAUAUCAAGUUGUGGAGUGUGCCAUGCGGGCUCUACAUUUUUCUACCAGGCACAAUAAAGAUAUUGCACUGAUAAACCUGGCAAAUGUGUUACACAGGGCACACUUCUCUGCUGAUGCGGCCAUCGUGGUCCAUGCAGCUCUGGAUUACAGUGAUGUCUUCACCAGCUAUUACACUUUAGGAAACGUAUAUGCAAUGCUUGGAGAAUACAACCAUUCAGUACUGUGUUAUGAUCAUGCUUUACAGGCCAAACCAGGAUUUGAGCAAGCAAUUAAAAGAAAGCAUGCUGUUCUUUGUCAGCAAAAGCUGGAGCAGAAACUGGAGGCUCAGCACAGAUCACUUCAACGAACACUAAAUGAACUGAAGGAAUAUCAGAAGCAGCAUGACCAUUAUUUGAGACAACAGGAGAUCUUAGAAAAGCACAAGCUGAUUCAGGAAGAGCAGAUCCUGAGGAACAUUAUCCAUGAGACACAGAUGGCAAAAGAGGCACAGCUAGGGAACCAUCAGAUUUGCCGCCUGGGCAACCAGCAGCACAGUUUGCAUUGCCAGUGGGACCAACCUGUUCGUUAUCAUCGUGGUGACAUGUUUGAAAAUGUUGAAUAUGUUGAGUUUGGUGGUGAUUCUUCAGUUUCAAGUAUGACAUCCAUGAAUUCUGAACUUCAUGCCAACUACAGUGACUUCAGCCAAUCUUUGGAAAUUUCUCCAUUGGUCCAUUCUGUCUUUUCAUUAUGGGGCCUAGAAUCUAACGCUUACAGGGAUAAGCAGAAUAUUAUGUGGCCUAAAAGAUCUGAUUGUGUAGAAUCCUAUCCAGUUAUUCCUUCCCCAGAGGAACUACCAACUUAUUUCUUGUAUCCAGAAAACAGAGGACAAAGGAUCCAUUCAAUACUUAACAGCCCAGGGGAGAACCAUGCACAGACAGAUGUCUAUGAACCAGAUUGUUCUUCCAUUACUGAUGUGCAUAACAGUGAUUCUACCUACUUGCUGAUUAAACAACUAGCCAAUCAUCUAGAUCUGAAUGUAAAGAUGCCAGAUGAUCAUGCAAAAAAAAUAUUAUCCUCUCGUGUCAACAAUCAAUCAGUUACAGAGCAGCAGAUAGGAUCAUUCAUCUAUCGUGCUAUUGAAAAGGCAAAGGAUCCUUUAUGGCUGGUGCUCAAUGAGGCUGGCCUUUACUGGCGUGCAUUUGGAAAUGGUACUUUUGCCUUCAGUUGCUUACAAAAAGCUUUUAACUUGACCCCACAUGAAUUCCAAGAUAUUCCUUUAGUUAAUCUAGCAAAUCUUCUUAUUCAUUAUGGCCUUCAUCUGGAUGCCAGCAAGCUUCUGCGAAAAGCUUUGGCCAUCAAUGCCUCUGAGCCCCUGACUUUCUUGAGCUUAGGUAAUGCCUAUUUGGCUCUGAAGAAUGUCAGUGGGGCAUUACAGGCUUUCAGGCAUGCCCUGGACAUUGCUACGAAAUGUCUGGAAUGUGAGAAGAGCUUGAAGCUGAUCCGCUGUUUGCAGUUCUAUCCAUUCUUGUACAACAUCACCUCUUCCUCCUGCAGUGGCCAGUGUCACGAGAAGAGUCAAGAUGACAGCCAUACCAAACAGAAGUACUUUGACAUACAGGAUUCUGAAAUCAUAUUAAUGGAGGAAAAUAUUGAGGCAGCCACAGAUGAUUCAACAGAUCUUAUUCAUAGCUCCACAAGGGAUCCAUCUCCUUUGACAUUAGAGAGUACUGUUAUUGCUGAAAGCAAUGACUCAGAAGAAGUAGAGACUUUGGGAGAUACUCAGAUGUCUGAAGAGAUGCUGGCAUUAGUGGAUGAGUUUGAAAAUUCUUGGCCCCUUGAGGGUUUUGAGGGGGCACUGGAAGUGAAAGGCCAUCGGAUGGACUUGCAAGGGAUCCGUGUCCUCAAGAAAGGUUCUUCAGAUGGACUAGCUAGCUCCUGUUUUGGGGACUGUGGAGAUGAUGAUGAUGAUGAAACUGAAUGGGUAAGAAUUCUCAUCAGCAAGGUCAAGCUAGAUAUCUUUUACAAUGUAUCUGGAUUUCUGUUGUGUUUCAAGAUAAAGGAUUUCUUCCUAGGUCAUUCUUUACCUUUGAAUCAUCUGCAAGUAGCACAAACCAGUUCUUUCUGUGUAAGGGUAGUAGGUGUACAACUCUACUCUGGGGACUACUUUUGUUUGUCUAUUAUUACAGAACACAUAGAUUUUGCCAUUCAGCUGCAAGAACCAGCCAUGGAGCCUCUCUGCAAUGCCAAUCUACCUGCCAGCAUGCACACCUUGGAUCACCUCCAGGGGGUUGCCAAUCGAGCCAGUCUUCACUACUUGGGAGAGAGUCAGCUGAAAGAGGUACUUCAGAAUCUAGGAAAAGACCAUUAUCCACCACAGUCUUUAGAACAAGUUGGAACACGAAUAGCUAAGGUUCUAGAAAAGAAUCAAACCUCUUGGGUCCUCUCCAGCAUGGCAGCCCUGUACUGGAGGGUAAAAGGUCAAGGGAAGAAAGCAAUUGACUGCCUCCGGCAAGCCUUACAUCAUACUCCCUAUCACAUGAAGGAUGUGCCACUCAUAAGUCUAGCAAACAUCUUCCACAAUGCAAAGCUUUGGAAUGAUGCCAUUGUUGUGGCUACAAUGGCAGUAGAAAUCGCCCCACAUUUUGUUGUCAAUCAUUUCACAUUGGCGAAUGUCUAUGUAGCAAUGGAGGAGUUUGAGAAGGCCAUGAGAUGGUAUGAAUCAACACUGAAACUCCAACCUGAAUUUGCACCAGCAAAGAAUCGAAUCCGUGCCAUCCAGUGUCAUUUACUCAUGAAAAAAGAACGGCGUUCUCCUUAAGAGUCACAGUCUUCCUCCCUUUUUCUUGUAUUUGUUUUUUAAAAACAACAACAACAACAACAAAAUCAUUGUUCACUAUUAUGCUUGUAAUGAGGUGUGCUAACACAAAUUCAGAAUCCAAGAUGUCAGCUACAAUUUGAGGAUUUUUUCCCAUAAGCCAAAACAUUUUUGAGGGGGGAACUUUCAUUAAAAAAUAUCUUACCAAACAUCUGUAUAAUUAGAUACUGAGCCCAACAAUCUUCCACAUGCCUGUGACCCAACAUUUUCCAUCAUUCUCCAUUUGACGCCACUGUAGAAUGUAACCUGCUUCUUGUCUUAGCAUAUCUAUGAAAAUGCAAAGCACAUCAUUGCAGCAGACACUGUACGUAGCAAGAAGCCAUAAUUAGCUUUUCAUCCAUCAGGAAACAUGUUCUACCCCCUCACCCAGUCCAUAUUGCAGCAUUACCAGUUUAGAGAUAGAUAUGAGAUAAGAAAGCAGGUGGUGGCAGACCAUUUUUAAUGUGUUUUAAGAACACAAAGCCUUUUUAUUGACUGUUGUUUUAUGGGGAAGAGCGAGGGAAAGAAACAGAAUCAUAUCGAGUGUGAAAUACUUAGUAUUUUUGUUACAAAAAGAAAAGGGAAACAAAAAAGGUUCAAAGAUUUUUUUAUUGAUAUAUGUUUGAAGCCCUCAGCAGCCCUUACCCUGUCUUUAUGAAUAAUUUGUUUUAUCAACUGCGUGUAAGGUGCACAUGUUAAAGGCAUGUCUAAACAUGCUCUUCUCAAUGUGUCUCUCUGUAAAAACUAGAGAAAAUAAGAGAAGCCAAGUGGUCUGUUUCCAAAUCAGCAUCAGGGCCUCAGCUGACUCAACAAAGGCACAUAACAUGGAACAAAAAUAAACAAUUAUGUUAACAAAAUAUGCAGAGUAUU